GUAUAUAAUAUAUAGAGACGCAGACACACAGUGACAGUAAAUAAUUACUAUAAUAAUCAUCAAGAUUUGAAAGAAUCCAUCGCUGUUUCACUCGCCUGUUAGGCGCCAUGUCAAUGCGAAGGCGUACCUUGCUCAAGGUCAUCGUUCUUGGGGAUAGCGGAGUUGGCAAGACCUCCCUAAUGAAUCAAUAUGUGCAUAAGAAAUUUACUCAGCAAUAUAAAGCUACAAUCGGUGCCGAUUUUGUCACUAAGGAGCUGCAGAUUGAUGAUAGGCUGGUCACUCUACAAAUAUGGGACACAGCUGGGCAAGAGAGAUUUCAGAGUCUUGGGGUUGCCUUUUAUAGAGGUGCAGAUUGCUGCGUGCUAGUUUAUGAUGUCAACGUUAUGAAGUCAUUUGAUGCUCUUGACAAUUGGCAUGAAGAGUUUCUUAAGCAGGCAAACCCAUCCGACCCCAAGACAUUUCCAUUUAUAUUGCUUGGAAACAAGGUGGAUAUUGAUGGUGGAAAUAGUCGAGUGGUUUCUGAGAAAAAAGCAAAAGAAUGGUGCGCUUCUAAUGGUAAUAUACCUUAUUUUGAGACAUCUGCGAAAGAAGAUUACAAUGUUGAUGCUGCAUUCUUGUGCAUUGCCAGAACUGCUCUAGCAAAUGAGAAUGAGCAAGAUAUGUAAGUUUAUGAUAAGGCCUUAAUUUAUCUCUUACUUCGGUUGCAUUUUGAGUGAAAUUUUUCAAAAUCUUGAAGUGAUGAUCUUGGCUAGGUUCAGAAAAGAACAUGGUUUAACCAGUUUCAAACCUUUGAAAGAUGAGCACUGUCUGCAUCACAUACAGAAUAUUUAUUGCUGUUAUUGCUGAGGGACUUGCCAGCAAAACAUUUAAGACGUAAAGCAUUUUUAGAAG